GGAGAAUGACCCCCCUCAAGUGAGGAGAGCGAGUGAAGCGCAGCCUCUCUAGACUCGGGGCCGAGGUGGGCGUGAACGAAGGGAAGAUAAGAAGCCUGUACCAUGAGGAAUGCUUUGUCAGGACUCUCGCCAUCAUUUUUGGUAAGCAAAGGAAAUAACUGAAAAUGACAAGUAGAAGACUUGAGGAGUCCAUGAGGGCUGUUCAGAUGGGAUUAGUCAAAAUGCUUAAAGGAUUCCAAAGCAAGGUUUUGCCACCCCUGAUUCCAAAGGUGGUUACAGAAGAAGAAGUAAACCGAAUGUUUUCAGGAAUCGACCUGGAUCAGGCAUUAUUCCAGCCCUUUCCAUCAGAAAUUGUAUUUCAGAACUACACUCCUUGUGAAGUCUAUGAAGUUCCACUGGUUUUGAGGAACAAUGACAACAUUCCAAGGUUGGUGAAAGUUGUUGCGGAAAGCUCACCUUACUUUAAAGUAAUCAGCCCCAAAGAUAUUGGCCACAAAGUAGCUCCAGGAGUGCCAUCCAUAUUCCGAAUCCUCUUUACUCCAGAGGAGAACAAGGAUUAUGCCCAUAUGUUGACCUGUGUUACUGAAAGAGAAAAGUUUAUUGUACCCAUCAAAGCCAGAGGUGCACGAGCCAUCCUCGAUUUUCCUGACGAGCUGAAUUUUUCCACCUGCCCCGUCAAAUACAGCAGUCAGAAGAUUCUGCUGGUACGAAACAUUGGCAAUAGAGAUGCUGUGUUUCACAUCACAACUUGCAAGCCUUUCUCUGUGGAGCCAUCUGUUGGAACUCUUAGUGUGGGAGAGUCCAUGCAGCUGGAAGUGGAUUUUGAGCCACAGACUGUGGGCAAUCACAGCAAAAGGCUUAUUGUGUAUUACGACACAGGUGAGAAAGUGUUUGUAUCUCUGUAUGGAGCUGCCAUAGACAUGAAUAUAAGGCUGGACAAGAAUUCCCUGGUCAUCGAGAAAACCUACAUAUCUCUGGCCAAUCAGCGAACUGUAACUAUUUACAACCGCAGUGACAUCAUUGCCCAUUUCCAGUGGAAGAUAUUUGCUGCCCAGGGAGAGGAAGACAGAGAAAAGGACAGGGUCUGUGAGCAUCUGAUCAAAGAGGAAAAGAAUGAGACCGAUGAGUUUCUUGAAGAGUGUGUUAUUGAUCCUUCCCUCCGAGAACGUCUCUCCAUUCUCUCCCGCAGCUUUGAGAAUCAGAGAAGGCUGAUUCAGGCAAACGUCGUGCUCUCCUUGAAUAACAUUUUCACCGUUGAGCCCCUGGAAGGUGAUGUCUGGCCCAACUCAUCAGCUGAAAUCACUGUGUACUUUAACCCCCCGGAAGCCAAAGUCUACCAACACACUGUUUACUGUGACAUUUCAGGCCGAGAAAUCCGCCUGCCCCUCCGAAUCAGAGGGGAAGGAAUGGGACCAAAGAUUCACUUCAACUUUGAAUUGCUGGAUAUUGGAAAAGUUUUUGUGGGAACUGUACAUUGUUAUGAGGCCAUACUCUUCAACAAAGGUAGCAUCGAUGCCCUCUUCAACAUGAUCCCUCCAACUUCGGCUUUGGGGACCUGCUUUAUUUUCAGUCCCAAGGAAGGUAUCAUCGAACCAAGCGGAGUCCAGGCUGUCCAGAUUUCCUUCAGUUCCUCCAUCCUGGGACACUUCGAAGAAGAGUUCCUGGUCAAUGUCAAUGGGUCACCUGAGCCUGUGAAACUGACCAUUAGAGGCUGCGUCAUUGGACCCACCUUCCAUUUUAAUGUUCCUGCUCUGCACUUUGGUGACGUUUCCUUUGGGUUUCCUCAUACCUUGAUAUGUUCCCUCAAUAAUACCUCCUUGGUUCCCAUGACCUUCAAACUGCGUGUCCCUGGGGAUGGUGUUGGCCAUAAAAGCAUUUCAAGUAGUGAGCAGUAUUCAGACAACAAAAGACCACCUUGGAACAAGGAUGAAGUACCUACAACAAAACCAAAAGAAUUCACCAUCACUCCCGACUGUGGCACCAUUCACUCCCAAGGAUUUGCUGUUAUCAGGGUGACCUUAUGCUCUAACACUGUGCAGAAGUAUGAGCUGGCUCUGGUAGUGGACGUGGAGGGCAUUGGGGAAGAAGUGCUGGCGCUCCUGAUUACAGCCAGGUGUGUUGUACCUGCCCUCCACGUGAUUAAUACAGAGAUGGACUUCGGGCACUGCUUCCUGAAGUACCGAUAUGAGAAAAUGGUACAGCUUGUCAAUGAUGACGACCUCCCAGGAUGCUAUGAGGUCCUGCCUCCGGUAUAUGAGGCCUCGUCCGCUGUGUGGCUCUCUAGUCCCAGCCCCUGUGGAAUCAUCUCUCCCCACAGCACCGUUCACAUACCUUUGACCUUGGAGACCCAGGCCAUUGCGGAGCACAGGGCCACAGUUUACAUCUCCAUCUUCGGGAGCCAGGACCCUCCUCUGGUAUGUCACGUAAGGAGCAUCGGAGAAGGCCCUGUUAUCUACGUGCGGCCCUUUCAAAUUGAUUUCGGCACUAUCGAUGUCCUAAAGGACUUCUCCAGGAUUCUCAGGCUAUCUAACCAGUCCUUCAUCCCUGGAGUAUUUCGGGCACACAUGGCACACAAAAAGUCCCUUUGGAAAGUUGAACCCAGUGAAGGCAUGGUUCCCCCGGACAUUGAUAUUCAACUGACAGUGACUGCCAACCUGAAUGAUGAACUGACAUUUAAGGACAUGGUCAUUUUGGAAAUUGAAAAUAGCAACACCUAUCGGAUUCCUGUCCAGGCUUCAGGGAUUGGCUGCACCAUUGUUUCAGAUAAGCCCUUUGCUCCAGAACUCAAUUUGGGAGCAUAUUUUAGCCUGGACACCUGUUACUACCGCUUCAAAUUGACCAACAAGGGGCGUCGGAUCCAACAGUUGUUCUGGAUGAAUGAAAAUUUUUGUCCCCAGAGCAAGCUGAGCAAGAAAGGCCUGGCUAAGAAGGGACUUGCUAAGAGCCAGCCCCAGCCCCAGCGCCAGGGCCCCCAGGCACCCAGGGAUCCCCAGAGCCCCGUGUUUCAGCUCUACCCCGUCAGGAUGGAGCUGUACCCAGGCCAGACCAUCGAUGUGAUACUCGAAGGCUACUCUGCUACUCCCAGGAGAGUCAAAGAAAAGCUGGUAUGCCAUGCCACUAUCGGGGCACAGACAGGGAAGAACGUGGUGAUGACUGUCAACAUCAUCUGUGAGUUUAUAGCACCACUUAUCCAGCUCUCCACCAAGCAGCUCAUAUACCGACUGGAGAAGGAACCUAAUGCUACCUUGGAACCUGAUUACCAGCCCUUGGUCAUGAAGAACAUUUCCACCCUGCCCGUGACCGUGUUGCUCUCAACAAACAGACCCUUCUUAAUCUGUGAGACUGAUAAGUCUCUGUUGCCCUUAAAUCCUGAGCCCAUGAAACUGGGGAUUGGUGAAGAAAAAAGCCUGCUGGUCAAAUUUGACCCUUCCCACAGAAGCGAUUUGAACAACUGGGUGGCAGAAGAAACCCUAGCAAUCAAGUAUGUGGAGCACCCUCAGGUGGACAUCCUGAACCUUCGUGGUGAGGUGCAUUACCCCAACCUCAGCUUUGAGACCAUGGAGCUGGAUUUCGGCUGUAUCCUGAACGACACUGAGGAGAUCCGCUACGUCACCAUCACCAACUGCAGCCCGCUGGUUGUGAAGUUCCGCUGGUUCUUCCUGGUGGACGACGAGGAAAACCAGAUAAGAUUUGCGACAUGGCCAAGGAAGCCCUACAGUGCCCUCCUGUCUCAGACGGAGUCCAUCGCAGCAACCCCAGUGUCUGCCAGCUUGCCAGCAGUCCCAGCAGUCGAGCCCCCUGAGAUUGAUCUGAGUGACUUCAUUAAGACUACCCUUGUGGAUGAAAAUUUGGGUUCCGAAGAAAAAGAGCACAAGAAAGCACAAGCGCCAAUGCUGGUCAUCUCAGAUGGAGUAAAAGUGAACUCUGCUGAAACAGAAAGGAUAGAUCCAAACCAGAACCAGGUGGAGAUUCAGGAAUCCCUGUGGUUAUCUGAACAGGAUGAGAUGCUUUCCAUUGGGAUAGAAGAAGUGUUUGAUAUUUUGCCCCUCUGUGGAGUGCUGCAGCCAAACGGUAGCCUCCAGAUAUCUUUCACCUUCUAUGGACACUGUGACAUCGUGGCCCAGGCUAAAGCUCUGUGCGAAGUGGAAGGAGGGCCCACCUAUGAGAUAACACUGAGGGGAGAGGCAUCCCUGAUCAGCUAUUCCUUUGACAACAAGGACAUUAACUAUGGAUUACAGCUGUUUCACCAAGUCACAGAGAAUGAAAUCACACUGAAGAACACUGGGAAAGUCGGCUUUGAAUUCAAGGCUCUGACUGACCACCAGCCUUCACCAGACAACCUUAUGCCGGGAGUGCCACUAAUCCUGCCUCUCUCGGGUUUUAUCAGUUCGCUUAAAAAGCAGGUGUUGAAGGUUUACUACUUACCUGGAGUACCUGGGGUCUUUCAAAGGAGCUUCCAGAUACAGAUCGCCCACCUAGACCCAGAAAAUAUCACACUUAGUGGAGAAGGCAUCUUUCCCCGCAUCUGCCUCGAUCUUCCCAGGAACCUCAAAGGAAAUGAAAAGUAUGAGACCUUCUUCAAUCAGGCCAAACAAAACCUAGAAAAAGAGUCCAACAAAUGUGAAAUGCUGUAUCACUUAGAGACAACUGAGGAAAUGCCUGAGGAUGAGUCUUCUGAGUUAAAUGCCCAACUCCAGAUGGAAGUAGAGCGACUUAUAGUCGAAAGCUAUGCCAUAGAGCAUCAGAAAACAAUUAUCCCAAAUCCCAUGGAUGAUGUCAGCCUUUGGAGUCGCCGCAGGCUGGCCAAAAUCCAGCUGCCAGAGUACAUCCUGGACUUUGGCUUCAUGAUCCUUGGUGACGUCCGAACCCACAUUAUCAAGAUCACCAACACCAGUUACUUCCCAGUGUCCUUCCACGCAGAAAAGCGUGUCCUUCGCGACACAGGCUUUAGUAUCGAACUAGACCGUGUAAAGAAUCUGCCUUACUGUGAAACGGAAACAUUUGAAGUGAGAUUUGACCCACAAGGGACCAGUCUUUCUGUUGGAAACAAAGAGGUCAUUCUGCCCAUCAAGGUGGUUGGAGGCCCAACAGUUCACAUCUGUCUCCAAGCCACAGUGACCGUUCCCACUAUGACACUGUCAAGUGACAAAGUGGAGUUUGCCACAAUUCAGUGUGGGCAGUGCCUCAUGGAAACCAUUCAGCUUUCCAAUCAUCUCCAAGUCCCUUGUGAAUGGCUUGCCCACAGCCCGAAGCCAUUUAACAAGCUGGAGAAACACAUGCCAAAGUACUUAAGACAGAAGCUACAUGCCAAAUUACAGCCAAACACACAGAUCUUUGAGAUCCAGCCCACUUCUGGGGUUUUGCAUCCUGGUGAGAAGUUCAAUGUGCAAGUGAAAUUCAUGCCCAAAGAAGAGAAAUUCUACAGUCAAACCCUGGUGUUCCAGAUAGUGCAGGGCUCUCAGAAGCUUAUGCUGCUGGUGCAGGGGCAAGGCUUAGAGCCACGGCUGGAGUUUAGCCCCUCCGUUGUGGAGCUGGGACCACUGCUGCCUUACACAACUGGAGAUGAGGCUGAGGUGGUGGUGAAGAAUCCCUGCGACUUUCCCAUUGAGUUUUAUUCCUUAGAGUUUGACCAGCAGUAUCUCCUAGAAGAGAAGAUCUUGCGAACGCUGAAGAGCUAUGAUUCCAAUAACACCCUGCUGGUGCCACCCCGCAUCCCAGGAGAAAAGCUGCCCCAAGAGGUGUACGAGUACUUUAAGGAGAUAAACCGGUCAAAAGAGGAGCAGAUGCAGAUGAAAUACCUGGAGUCUCUGGUGCAGGAGAAUGAAGAUGAAGAUGUGCCCUUGUCAGAUCAGGGGAUCUCCACCAGCACGAAGAUGUCCUCACUUAGCCAAGCGAUCUCUGCCCUGGGCGACCUGGGAGAGUGGUACAACUCCAAGAUCAACCUAGAUGAAGAGGAGGACGAUGAAAGCCUGGAAAAAAUGUUUCAAGAUGACAAGAUACAGAGCACUGACAGCCAUUCCACAGAGGAAACUGGAGAAAUAGAGAACAACCCAGUGAGCAAGGCAAUCGCUCGACACCUGGGCAUUGAUAUUCCUGCAGAAGGCCACAUGGCCAAGAACCGGAAAGGCAUCGCCAUUAUCAUCCAUGGGACACCCUUGUCAGGCAAGUCAGCCACGGCAGUCAGCAUUGCCAAGUACUACAGUGCAGCCUGCUUAAACAUCGAUUCCGUCGUGCUGGAAGCCAUCUCUGACGGCAGCAUCCCGGGGCUCCGGGCCCGUGAGCUCUGCAUCAGGGCUGCCAUAGAGCAGUCCAUGAAGGAAGGAGAGGAGUCUGCCCAGGAGGUUGCUUUGAGCCAAAAUGCCUUAGGACAAACACGACUGAGCAGUGAGACCCUGGGCAAGUUAACCUCAGAAUCCACUCUGGUAAACCCCGAAAUGAAACCUGCAAAGCCUGUGCGUGGGAGCAUGCUGCUCGCCAAAGGCAAGUCAGAGAGCCACGGCUCCGGGUCUCAGAAGCAGCAUCACCAGCACUCAUCUGAAACACCCCAGGUUUCCUCCAGCCCUCUCCCCUCGGGGCCCACACAGCGCCGGCUCAGUGUCAGCGCCAGUAUCGGAGGUGAGACUGGGCUGCUGAGCUGUGUGCUCCCUGAGGAACUGCUCAUUCAGAUCCUGGCCGAGCGCAUACAGCUGAGUGAUUGCUACCGAGGGGUGGUGUUCGAUAGCCUCGAGACGCUCUUUGCUCGGAAUGGAGCCAUUGGCCUCCUGUGCCUGCUGAAGGCCAUCGGCAACCGGGAGCACAUCUACGUUCUCAACAUGGCUCAGGAUUACGCAGCCAUGAAGGCCCAGGAGAAAGCCAAAAAGGAGCUGGAAGAGCACAAACGCAGGGAAAUGCUUGAGAAAGAAAAGGAGCGUCUCCAAAAUAUGGAUGAGGAAGAAUAUGAGGCCUUGACAGAGGAGGAGAAAACCGUGUUCGAUAGAGAGGUUCAGCAGGCCCUCCGGGAGAGGAAGAAGAGGGAGAUGGAGAGAUUGGCAAAGGAGCUGCAUGAAAAGAAGCUACAGCAGGAGCUGGAGCGGCAAAAGGAAGAAGAUGAGCAAAAGAGAAAGACCAGGAAAGCAAAGCAAGGACCAGUAAAGGAGGAACCGUCCCUGAAGAAACCACAGACAUCAAGCCGGCAGAUUUCUAUUUUGUCCAAACUAGAUGUCAAGACAGACACAGUAGAAAGAAAAAUCUCCUCCGUUAAGGACCAGGUAACAGAUGAGAAGGAGGAACUAAGCAAGAAGAGAAAGACCCAGCUGGCAGAUAACAUUUUUGGGUUUACUGUUGUCCAGGAGCAAGAGGACAGUGAAGGGGACCUCUCGAAGGACACUGACCAGACUCUGGCCCAGAAGUUUAAGACCUAUGAGUUGACUUGGAAGGAUAUCCAGAACAUCCUCACAUACUGGGACCGGAAGCAGGGAGUUCAGGUGCCUCCUGCUGGGGCCGAGGACCUGCCCCACGAGCCCGAUGACCAGCGCCAGGCCCCAUCGGGUGGACGCCGAGGCCGCAAGGACCGCGAGAGGGAACGUGCAGAGAAGGAGCGAGCUGAAAAGGAGCGCCUGGAGCGGGAGAAGGCUGAGAAGGAGCGUCUGGAGAAACUCCGGGCACUGGAGGAGCAGAGCGAUGGAGGAGAGGGGGACAGGGAGGAGGACCACGAAGGGAAGAGGGAUCUGGGCGUGCCCUUCAUAAACAUCCAGACGCCUGACUCGGAAGGCUCCAACUGGAAGCAGGCCCUGGACACCGACAGGCUCCCCAAAGCGGAUCAGGCCCAGGAGGAGCAGGCCGCCUCAUCUAAGGGGAACAAACAGAAACAGAAAGAAAAAACAGAUCAGCCCCGCGAGACUCAGAAGGACAAACGUCGUGUGGCCUCCAACAGGAAGGGCCUUACUGAUACAACUUCUCAAAUCGUUGUCCCCCUGUCAGAUCUAGACCAGAACAAUUUCUCUGAGCAGCACUUCCAGGAGAAAUUCAUCAGGCUGAAUCAUUUCCGGUGGAUCGUGCCAGCCAACGGUGAGGUGACGUUGCGAGUGCACUUCUCUUCUACUGACCUCGGGAACUUUGACCAGACGUUUAACUUCGAGAUCCUUGGAACUCGCCGCCAGUACCAGCUUUACUGCCGCAGUGUCUGCACUUACCCAUACAUUUGCCAAGACCCAAAAGUGGUGUUCCCUCAGCGGAAGAUGGACAUGAAGAGAGAUGAAAUCGUCUUUAAGAAAUAUGUUAUGAGCAUGGAGAGGUUUUACUUCGGGCCACUGCUUUGUGGAAAAUCAAGAGAUAAAUACAAGUCAUCCUUGUUCCCGGGCAACAUGGAGACACUGACAAUCCUGAACACUUCCCCGAUGGUCGUGGAUGUGUUCUUCUCUUUCCAGAAUGAUGUCAAAGCAAACACUUACUUCUUGGAGCCCAUGAGCAUGACUCUAAAACCCAAUGAGAAGCAGAUGCUGAACAUAUGGGCCUACCCUACCGCAGUUGGUGUCUUUGAAGACAGCAUUGUCUGCUGCAUCAAGGAGAACCCAGAGCCAGUCAUCUUCAACUUAAGCUGCCAGGGGAUCCGCCCAGAACUGGAGCUGGAUCCCAGGCAAUUACAUUUUGACCGGCUCCUGCUGCACAGAAAAGAAACCAAGGUACUUCUUCUCCGCAACGUCACUAACCUGCCCGUAGCCUGGCGGAUCUCCAGCCUGGAGCACCUGGGCGAUGACUUCACCGUGUCCAUGGUACAGGGCUCCAUCCCCGCCAGGGCUGAGUACAGCCUGCAGGUGCACUUCCAGCCCUCCAAACCCGUCAACAUCAAGAAGGCAAUUCGGCUAGAGGUUUUAGACGUAGACAAUCUUGUUGGAAUUGUUCAAGUUGAGAACAUCAUGGUCUUUGCAGAGUCCUACGACAUCGCCUUGGACAUCACCUUCCCCAAAGGAGCUGAAGGAGGCCUCGAUUUUGGGAUUGUGAGGGUCAUGGAGGAGGUGAAGCAGCCCCUGCAACUGAAGAACCGUGGGAAAUAUGAGAUCAUGUUCAGCUUUUCUGUGGACUCCUUAGGGAUUUCGGUGACCAAUUUAAAUUCUAUGAUCUCAGUCCAACCCAAGAAGGGCUCACUGACCACCACAGAAAAGCCCACCAAUGUCCAGGUUUUCUUCCGUGCAAAAAAGGAAGUGAAGGUCGAGCACCAGCCAAUCCUGCGCUGUCAGAUCAUUGAACCCAAUGUUGCAGAAGGAGGUGAAAUCAUUGCCAGCAUCCCAAUUAAAUUUUCUGUGAAUGCAGUGUGCUCCAAAUACCACAUUAGCCCAUCCUCCGUCAUCAAUUUUGGGGCUUUGAUCUGUGGCACUCGUAAGAGUACCACCUUCACCAUAGAAAAUCAAGGUGUUAUUGACUUCAAGUAUGCCCUUUAUAGGCUGACGGGAGAGAGCCCCAUUUAUCAAAAGAAAAUGAUCAGCCAUAUUCGGCAGACCAGAUCCCGGGAAAGCGACGCCUUCUACAAGACUGGCCCUUCCAAAGCAACCAAGUUCUCUGAGUCUGUUCAGAAAGAUGUAAACAUCACUAACCAGAUGCGCUUCACCCAUGGCAUGUUCACCGUGUACCCUGGGUUUGGCUCCAUUCCUUCCGGAGGAACGCAGGUCAUCACCGUUGACUGCGUGGCUGACCCUGUGGGAAGGUGUGAGGAGUUUAUAGCUAUCGAUAUCUCUGACCGAGACCCAAGAGACCAGCCUGCUGGCAUUCCGUACAGCUUGUUGGCUGAAGCCUGUCUACCAGCCUUCGUGACGGACAACAAUGCCUUGAUAUUUGAGGAGCACCAGAUCUGUAGCAGUGCCAACAUGCACAACAUCCUGCAGACCAUAGAGAGCGGGGGGCUGUUUGUGGAGGACGAGAACAAGUUCAUCUUCAGCAACGUCCUGGUGGGCCAUCAGGCCAAGGCUCGGUUUAAGAUCAGCAAUGUGGGAAAGAUCGCGUGUGAUGUGAACCUUGUAGUUAAGCCUGUCUCCAGCAAGAUUAUUGCCCGCAUCGUCGACAUCUUUGAAGUGGAACCCAACAAGAUGUGUGUUGCCAGUCGUUCGCAUGCCUUUGCCACGGUGUCCUUCACCCCACAGGCCAUGCAGACCUACCAGUGUAUCUUCGAGGCUACCUUGGAUGGCUUGCCCAGCAACCUCACCAAGAACCGAAGCCUCAUGUUUGAUAUCGUGGGAGAGGGGAACCUCCCUCGAGUGACUAUUGUGCGGCCAAUUCUCCAUAACCAAUACGGAAACCCCUUGCUCCUCUUUAAGAGGCUUCUUCUUGGUCGUUCAGAGAAACUACCUCUCAUCCUCAAGAACAAUGGCACGAUCUCCACUCAGGUACUGCUGGAGGGUGAAGCAUGGGGUGGAAAGGGAGAAGAAUCAUUCAAAACUGCUCUGGUGGACCACAUCCAGUUUGGGGACUGCCACAUUGGAAACAGCUAUAACGUGAGCUUCACAGUCACAAACCACAGCCAAGUGAAUGUGCUACGGUUUCAGUGGCCCCUUUUAGCUACAGUUACCUUUUCCCCACAGAUGGGCCACCUUCACCCUGGGUGUGCCAAGGACAUAAUGGUGACCAUGAAGUCAGACGUGCCCAUCAACCUGAAGAAGAUGGGGAUCAAGUGCAAGCUCUCCAAGAUCAUGUUUCCACUCCCUGCAGACCAGGUCUCUGACUGGGAUGACCGCAUGCACACGGUCAAGUGGGUAGACGUGCCCAGAACCAUGCCUGGGACUUUGACUACAAAACAAAAAGUGAUAGAGACGGAUCCUGAGCCUGCUCACUCAGUACUAGAAGAACACUACCGAGAGCUGAUGCUUCAGAUCAGUGCCAAUGUGAAUUUCGCUUCAUACCAGUGCCAAACGAGAGAAGUGCACUUUAAGGAAACGCUAGUUUACCAGACCCGAGUGUUUGAGUUUGAACUGAUUAAUUCAGGAAAUGUGCAGCUGGAAUUCAGCUGGAUCUCAGAAGAGAUGGCAAAGGCUGUCAGCUUCGCCAUGCCGGAUAACCAAGGUUUCUCUCAUAAAGAUCAGCUUAGCCAGGGCACGCUGCCGACAGGCAGUACCCUGGACAGCGCCAUGGACCACUGGAGCGAAACUCCCCCACUGUCCUUCUCUGUGGAGCCUGCCUCAGGCAUUGUGCCCGUGGGGAAGACUCAGAAGAUCAAAGUGAAAUUCUCCCCACUGGAGGUGGGAGACUUCGAGAACAAUCUUUUCUGCCAGAUUCCCAACCUGCCACCUGGAGAGCAAGGCCCAGUCCUGUCAGCAAAAGGGCGGAGUUUCUUGCCCAUCUGCCAUUUUGACCUGAAAGACUCGGAUUACAUCAGCGGUCAUCGGCGCAACCCAGAUCUCCGAGGGCCUGGUGGUGGGGCUCUGAAUCCAGACACCCGGGUGAUUGAGUUCACCAGCGUGGGCAUAGGAGGGAAGAAUCUCCGGACUUUUACAAUCCUGAACCCGACCACUACCAUCUACUCCUUCUGCUGGAUCUCUGAAGAAACUGAAAGUCUCCAGAAUCCUCCAGCCUUCACAUGCCUUACAAAGAAAGGCUUCAUCCACCCAGAAAAGAAAGCCGAGAUUGUCUUCCAGUUCACGCCUUCCCAUCUGGACAUCACAGAAGCAUUCUGGAGUUUCUUAAUCCCUGAACACAAUAUCACAGUCCCUUUCCUGCUGGUAGGCAAAGCCUCUGACCCACUCAUCAUUCUGAACAAGUCACACCUCAACUUCAGUUGUCUCCUCAUUGGCAGAGAAGCCAGGGAGACCGUGGAGAUCAUCAACAGGGAGGAGCAGGGCUUCAAUUUCGCCUUCCAGGACAACUCCCGAUAUUCUGAAGGUUUCAGUGACAGCCUGGUCGUAUGUCCCAUGGAAGGCUGGCUCCCACCACGGUCCAGGUUACCAAUUGAUAUUUUCUUAACCCCAAAGAAAGAAGGAGAUGUGAACUUUAAUUUGAUCUGCAAUGUGAAAAACAAAGCCUACCCUUUGACCUUAAAUAUCAAGACUGAGGGCUACAGUAUGAAUGCAGAAAUCAAGUGCAAAGACAGGACUGGCUCAAUCACUCUCUUGACUCCCAACCAGACCACCACUGUCAACUUCUAUGAGGUGGAGUUGAAUGAAUGUGUCCAGUGUGAAUUCACCUUUAUCAAUGCUGGAAAGUUCAACUUCAGCUUCCAUGCAGAGCUAUCUGGCCCCAAAGCACUGCUGCAGUACUUAGAAUUUUCACCCACUGGUGGCAGUGUGGAUGUGGGACAGAGUGCACCUGCCUCCCUGUCUUUCCAACCAUUUAAAAAGUGUGUCUUGAAGGGCCUGGAACUCAGAAUCAAGAUCAGCCAUGGUCCAACAUUUACGUGCAGCAUCUCAGGCUGUGCCGUGAGCCCAGCCAUCCAUUUCUCCUUCACCAGCUACAACUUUGGGACCUGCUUCAUCUACCAAGCUGGGAUGCCCCCAUACAAACAAAUCCUGGUCAUCACCAACAAGGAAGAAAUGCCUGUGAGCAUAGAUUGUUUGUACACCAAUACCAACUACCUCGAGGUGAACUUCCACGUUGAUGUGAUAAAGCCAGGAAAGGCACUGGAGAUUCCCAUUACCUUUUACCCUCGAGAAAGUAUCAAUUAUCGAGAACUCAUCCCCUUUGAAAUCAAUGGGCUCUCACAACAAGUAGUUGAAAUCAAAGGGAAAGGCACCGAAAUGAAGAUUUCAGUCCUCGAUCCAGCCAGUAGGAUUGUGAAGUUAGGAGCUGUCCUGCCAGGACAGGUUGUGAAAAAAACGGUUUCCAUCAUGAACAACAGCCAUGCCCAGCUCACAUUUAACCAAUCAAUCCUGUUCUCAAAUCCAGAACUCCAGGAACCCAAGGUCAUCACCUUGAUACCCUUUCAAAACAUCACUCUGAAGCCCAAAGAAACCCGUAAGCUGGAAGUCAUCUUUGCCCCAAAGAAGCGCAUCACUCCCUUCUCCGAGGAAGUGCUCAUGGAAUGCAUGGGGCUCCUGCGCCCCCUCUUCAUCCUCAGUGGCUGCUGCCAGGCCCUGGAGAUCUCCCUGGACCAAGAGAAUCUUGCCUUCGGGCCAGUCAUAUAUCAGACGCAAGCCACACGUCGCAUCCUCAUGCUGAACACGGGCGACGUGGGUGCAAGGUUUAAAUGGGAUGUCAAAAAAUUUGAGCCUCAUUUCUCCAUCAGCCCAGAAGCAGGCUAUAUCACUGCAGGCAUGGAGGUGUCUUUCGAAGUGACCUACCAUCCCACCGAGGUGGGCAAGGAGAGUCUCUACAAAAAUUUGCUCUGCUUCAUCCAGGGAGGCAGUCCUCUGAGCCUUACCCUCUCUGGAGUCUGUGUGGGACAACCUGCCAUAAAAGAGGUGGUAAAUUUCACCUGCCAGGUGCGCUCCAAGAAUACACAGACCAUCCUGCUUUCAAACCGCACCAACCAGACCUGGAAUCUGCACCCCAUCUUUGAGGGUGAGCACUGGGAGGGGCCCGAGUUCAUCACUCUGGAGCCUCAUCAGCAAAACAAGCCCUAUGAGAUUACAUACAAGCCCCGUACCAUGAACUUGGAGAACCGCAAGCAUCAGGGCACCCUCUUCUUCCCCCUCCCAGAUGGGACUGGCUGGCUGUAUGCACUGCAUGGGACUUCCGAGCUCCCCAAAGCCGUGGCUGUUAUCUACCGCGAGGUGCCAUGUAAGACACCGUACACUGAGCUCCUGCCAGUCAACAACUGGCUAAACAAGCCCCAGAGAUUCCGGGUCAUUGUGGAAAUCCUGAAACCAGAGAAGCCAGACCUAACCGUCACCCUAAAGGGCCUUGAUUACAUUGAUGUAUUGUCUGGCUCCAAGAAGGACUACAAGCUGAACUUCUUUUCUUACAAGGAAGGACUGUACAAUGCAAAGGUGAUCUUCCGAAACGAGAUGACCAACGAGUUCUUAUACUACAUGGUGAGCUUCAGGGUCAUCCCUUCAGGGGUCAUCAAAGCCAUUGAGAUGGCGAGCCCCGUCCGGCAGAGUGCAUCGGCCACCAUCAAGGUGGAGAACCCCCUGCCCUACUCGGUGACCUUUGCCACGGAAUGCAGGGUGCCCGACAUCAGCCUGCCCUCGCAGUUUGUUGUGCCUGCUAACUCUGAGGGCACAUUCUCAUUUGAAUUCCAGCCCCUGCGAGCUGGAGAAACCUUCGGGAAACUAGUUCUGUACAACAGCGAUUUGGGUUACUACCAGUAUGAGCUCAAUUUGAAGGCCAUGCCAGCACUGCCUGAAAAGCCUGUCCACUUCCAGACUGUUCUUGGCAGCGGCCAGAGCAUCUUUGCCAAGAUCAUCAAUUACAGCCGGCAGAAGACAGAAUAUUACUGCAGGACCGACUGUCCAGACUUCCACACGGAAAAGGUCAUUGGCGCAGCCGCGGGGGCUCAAGGAGGCACAGAAGUCAGUGUGGAAAUCUAUUUUGAGCCCAGCCGCCUGGGUGAGACCAAGGGCAUCCUGAGCCUGUCGUCACUUACAGGCGGGGAGUAUACCGUCCCCCUCUUCGGAGUGGCUCUGCCUCCCAAGCCACAAGGUCCCUUCCUGAUCCGAGCCGGGUACAACAUAGUCAUUCCCUUCAAGAAUGUUUUCUACCAAACCGUCACCUUCUCCUUCAUAGUGGAGAACCCAGCCUUCUCCGUUCGUGCCAUAGACUCUGUGCGGCCCAAGAAGGUCAACAACAUCACAGUCUACUUUGAAGGAAACCCAUCAGGCAGCAAAACUCCCAUCACCACCAAGCUGAUUGUGGCAUGCCCUCCGGGGGAAGGCAGAGAAACAGAAGUUAAAUGGGUUUAUUAUCUCAAGGGGAUCACCCCUUAGUGGCAACCAGGAUCAGCUGCAUCAAGAAAAAGCCACCUCCUCAGCCUGAAUAUCUAUGUAUUGUUCUAACCUGGCAAAGAAUAAAGAAAAUAGUCAGAGUUCUUAAGGUACUGUGUUAGCCUCCUCAUUCAAUUAUAGGGGCACUUAUUUCCAUAUUAUAUGUAUUCCAAAUAUAUGUAUGAAAUAUAUAUAGUCCACAUUAAACAUGGUAACUA